AUGUCUCUCUCUCCAUGCCGGGCCCAGAGGGGCUUCAGCGCUCGCUCAGCCUGCUCUGAUUUUUCGGGGGCUCGAGGCAGGACCAGCUUCAGUAGCAGGAGCCUUAGCUCCUCCAGGAGAUGCAGAGGAAGCUCUUGUGGGAGGGCCUGGGGGGCAGAGACCAGGCAAGGAAUACGGUUUGGGCAGGGUAAGGGAGGGCCUGGGCUUUCUCAGUGCCCUCCAGGGGGCAUCCAAGCAGUGACCGUCGACCAGAGUCUGCUGACCCCACUGAGGAUCGAGGUUGACCCCCAGUUCCAGGUGGUGAAGACGCAGGAGACUCAAGAGAUCAGAACCCUCAACAACCAGUUCGCCUCCUUCAUUGACAAGGUACGCUUCCUGGAGCAGCAGAACAAGGUUCUGGAGACCAAGUGGGAGCUGCUGCAGCAGCUGCAGGGGAAUCGUAGCCCUCAGGGCCUGGAAUGUGUCUUUGAAGCCUGCCUGGCCCGGCUCAGGCAGCAGCUGGAAGAGCUGCAGAGAGAGCGGAGGGCUCUUGACUCUGAGCUGAAGACCUAUCAGGACCAGGAGGAUGAAUACAAGACCAAGUAUGACCAGGAAGCGUACAAGCACGCCUCGGUGCAGAAUGACUUUGUGGUCCUUAAGAAGGACGUGGAUGAGGUUUUCCAGAGCAAGAUGGAUUUGGAAGGCAACCUGGAGUCUCUGAGAGAGCACGUCUGUUUCUUGACACGUCUGUAUGAAGAAGAACUGGGACAGCUGCAGACCCAGGCAAACGACAUGUCCGUGGUGCUGUCCAUGGAUAACAGCCGUUGCUUGGACUUCAGUGACAUCAUCGCUGAGGUCCGCGCCCGUUAUGAGGAGAUCACUCGGACUAGCAAGGCCGAGGCUGAGGCUGUGUUCCAGACCAAGUACCAGGAACUCCAGGAAUCAGCCCAGCUUCAAGGGAACAGCAUGAAGGAAGUGCAAGUGCAGAUCUCCCAGCUUCGGCAGGUCAUACAGAAGCUGCAGAGUCAGAUUGGGAGCCUCAGGAAGCAGAAUGACAGUCUGCAAUCAGCCAUUGCUGAUGCCGAGCAGCAGGGGGAGAUGGCUCUGAGGGAUGCUCAGGCCAAGCUGGAUGAGCUGGAGGGUGCUCUGAGAGCAGCCAAGCAGGACAUGGCACAGAUGCUCCGUGACUACCAGGAACUGAUGGGCACAAAGUUGUCCCUGGAUGUGGAGAUUGCCACGUACCGGAGACUGCUGGAGAGCGAGGAGUGCAGGAUAUCCAAGGAGCACACCAGCCAGGUCACUGUCUCCAUAGAAGAAGGCAGCAUUGUACCUGGAAGAAGUUGUGGAGGCCAAGUGGUCAUCCCUGGAAGAACUUGUGGAGGCCAAUUGGUCAUCCCUGGAGGAGUUUGUAGUGGCCAAGUAGUCAUACCUGGAAGAAAUUGUGGUGGCCAAGUGGUUAUCCCUGGAAGAACUUGUGGUGGCCAAGUGGUUAUCCCUGGAAGAACUUGUGGAGGCCAAGUGGUCAUCCCUGGAAGAACUUGUGGAGGCCAAGUGACCGUGCCUGGAAGAGAAUGUGGGGGCCAAGUGAUCGUGCCUGGAAGAGAACAUGGUGGUCAAGUGACAGUGCCUGGAAGAGAACAUGGCGGUCAAGUGACAGUGCCUGGAAGAGAACAUGGAGGCCAAGUGACAGUGCCUGGAAGAGAACAUGGCGGUCAAGUGACAGUGCCUGGAAGAGAACAUGGCGGUCAAGUGACAGUGCCUGGAAGAGAACAUGGAGGUCAAGUGACCGUGCCUGGAAGAGAACAUGGGGGUCAAGUGACCGUGCCUGGAAGAGAAUAUGGGGGUCAAGUGACCAUGCCUGGAAGAGAAUGUGGGGGUCAAGUGACCGUACCUGGAAGAGAAUAUGGGGGUCAAGUGACAGUGCCUGGAAGAGAAUGUGGAGGUCAAGUGACCGUGCCUGGAAGAGAACAUGGGGGCCAAGUGACCGUGCCUGGAAGAGAGUGUGGGGGCCAAGUGACCGUGCCUGGAAGAGAGUGUGGGGGCCAAGUGACCAUGCCUGGAAGAGAACAUGGAGGCCAAGUGACCAUGCCUGGAAGAGAGUGUGGGGGCCAAGUGACCAUUCCUGGAAGAGAAUAUGGGGGCCAAGUGACCAUGCCUGGAAGAGAGUGUGGGGGCCAAGUGACCAUGCCUGGAAGAGAAAAAGGGGGCCAAGUGACCAUGCCUGGAAGAGAAUAUGGGGGCCAAGUGACCAUGCCUGGAAGAGAAUAUGGGGGCCAAGUGACCAUUCCUGGAAGAGAGUGUGGGGGCCAAGUGACCAUGCCUGGAAGAGAAUAUGGGGGCCAAGUGACCAUGCCUGGAAGAGAACAUGGGGGCCAAGUGACCAUGCCUGGAAGAGAAUAUGGGGGCCAAGUGACCAUUCCUGGAAGAGAGUGUGGGGGCCAAGUGACCAUGCCUGGAAGAGAGUGUGGGGGCCAAGUGACCAUUCCUGGAAGAGAGUGUGGGGGCCAAGUGACCAUGCCUGGAAGAGAACAUGGGGGCCAAGUGACCAUGCCUGGAAGAGAGUGUGGGGGCCAAGUGACCAUGCCUGGAAGAGAACAUGGGGGCCAAGUGACCAUGCCUGGAAGAGAGUGUGGGGGCCAAGUGACCAUGCCUGGAAGAGAAUAUGGGGGUCAAGUGACCAUGCCUGGAAGAGAAUAUGGGGGUCAAGUGACCAUGCCUGGAAGAGAACAUGGAGGCCAAGUGACCAUUCCUGGAAGAGAACAUGGAGGCCAAGUGACCAUGCCUGGAAGAGAGUGUGGGGGCCAAGUGACUAUGCCUGGAAGAGAGUGUGGGGGCCAAGUGACCAUGCCUGGAAGAGAAUGUGGGGGCCAAGUGGGCACUUGUGACCACAGAGGCUGGAAAGGUAGCUUUGGGUCUGGAGGCUGCUCUAGCAUUGUAACCGGUGGCUUUGAUAUCCCCCAGGCGUCUGGGUACAGCCCCAUCACGGGUUCCUGUUCUGUAUCUGGCUCAGGCUUCAGCUCUGGCUCUGGCUCCAGCUGCCGCACCAUCCUGAAGAAGACAAUGGAAUCAAGCCGGAAGACGUCUGUCAUUUAUUGAGUGAC